AUGGAAGCGAAUUACGACCGUACCAGUGAGUUAAAAGCUUUCGACGAGAUGAAGAUCGGAGUAAAGGGUCUCGUCGACGCCGGAAUCGCAGAGAUCCCUCGUAUUUUCCAUCACCCAAAUCCCAUUAUAACCGACUCAAAUCCACCUCUUUCCUCCUCAACGAAGAUGAUCAUCCCAGCAAUCGAUCUUAAAGGAGGCGUCUUCGAAUCGACUCUCGAACGAGAGAUCGUAGUCACGGAGAUCAAAGAAGCGGUGGAGAAAUUCGGGUUUUUCCAGGCGAUUAACCAUGGAAUCCCGAUCGAUGUCAUAGAGAAGAUGAAAGAUGGAGUUCGUAAGUUUCAUGAGCAAGACGCGGAAGUGAGGAAGAAGUUCUACAGUCGCGAUAAGACCAGAAAGUUUACUUACAACAGCAAUUUCGAUCUCUACAGCUCUAAAUCUGCGAACUGGAGAGAUACCUUGAGUUGCUUUGUAGCUCCUGAUCUUCCCAAAACAGAGGACUUGCCAGAGAUUUGUGGGGAAAUAUUGUUGGAGUAUUCGAAGGGAGUGAUGAAACUAGGGGAGUUAAUCUUUGAGCUUUUAUCAGAAGCUUUAGGGCUUGAUCGUAAUCACCUCAAAGAAAUGGAUUGCAUGAAAGGUUUAUUGAUGCUCUCUCAUUAUUACCCGCCUUGUCCUGAGCCUGAUCGAACAUUCGGCACAAGUCAGCAUUCAGACAUAUCUUUCCUCACUAUUCUUCUUCAAGAUCACAUUGGUGGGCUUCAGUUUCUUCAGAAUGGUUCUUGGGUUGAUGUUCCUCAUGUUCCUGGAGCUCUUAUAGUGAACCCCGGAGAUUUCUUGCAGCUUAUAACGAAUGACAAGUUUGCAAGUGUGGAGCAUAGAGUUUUGGCUAAUAGAAGUCAAGAGCCGCGGAUUUCGGUGGCGGCUUUUUAUGUGUAUCCCUUACCGUUUGCGCGAGUUUAUGGACCGAUCAAAGAGCUUUUGUCUGAACAAAACCCUCCAAAGUAUAGAGAGACAACCAUGACGGAGUAUAUAAAGUUUUACAUGGCGAGAGGACUCGGUGAGAAGUCUGCGUUGCUUCAGUUCAAGAUCUGA